UUUUUUUUGAUCGAUGUCGUUGGCGUUGUUUUGAUAAUGAUUUUUUAAAAUUGAACUUUGGAUUAGGACGUCAGAUUCCUAUUAAUUAUCGACGAUGUAAUAAUUUAUCAUUUAAAAGUAUACCUAUACAAUAUGCACCAACAACUAAUCGUCGUCAUUAUCAAAUAUAUAAUACAUCAGACGAUCUAUCAUCAAGUUUUUCAAAACGUCGUAAUGAAAAUGCGAUAAUGCGAGAAAAUCGUAUUGCAUCGGGUGAUUGGCCAAAACCGGAGCCUCCAACGCGUAAACGAACAAGUAUGACAAUAUUUAUUCAACAACCAUUUGUUCCUCAAACGGAAAUACCAUAUUAUCGUCAAACACCAUUAACACCAACUUACCCAAAAUCAGCUAGAUUAGAUUAUUAUUAA